CCUCUCUGGUCCCAUGCAUGCUAUUUUUCUUACAGAGAUGAAAUUCUAAAUGUAAGCCUAAAUAUAUACAUUUGUAUGCACAUGUAAAGUUAUUCCCAGCGUUUACCUGCUGUUUAACUCACCCUGAAGUUAGUCGGCAGCACUGUGAACAUGGCAGGUGUUAUCCGGAGGCUCGACGAGGCUGUUGUCAACCGGAUAGCAGCCGGAGAAGUUAUCCAGCGUCCUGCCAACGCCGUCAAAGAACUGAUUGAGAACUGUUUGGAUGCCAAGUCCACCAACAUUCAGGUGACAGUGAAAGACGGCGGCCUGAAGCUCCUUCAGAUUCAGGACAACGGAACUGGCAUCAGGAGAGAAGAUAUGGAAAUAGUUUGUGAGAGGUUUACCACCAGCAAGCUGCAGACAUUUGAGGACCUAUCAGCUAUAACCACCUAUGGAUUCAGAGGAGAGGCCCUUGCUAGUGUGAGCCAUGUUGCCCAUGUGACCAUAACAACGAAGACAGCUGAUGCCAAGUGUGCCUACAGAGCCAACUACAGCGAUGGCAAACUGAAAGGCCCUCCCAAACCAUGUGCUGGAAACCAGGGCACACAGAUUCUUUUGGAGGACCUCUUCUAUAACGUGUCCACCCGGAGGAAAGCUUUAAAAAGCCCCGGAGAUGAGUACUCACGGAUUGUGGAAGUGGUCAGCAGGUAUGCCAUACACAAUUCAGGGAAGAGUUUCUCCGUCAAAAAGCAAGGAGAGACGGUGGCGGAUGUGAGGACCCUACCCAACGCCUCUGUAGUGGAUAAUAUUCGAGGAGUUUUUGGCAAUGCAGUCAGCAGGGAGCUGAUCGAAGUCGGCUGUGAGGAUCAGAAGCUCGCCUAUAAGAUGAAAGGACACAUCUCUAACGCAAAUUACUCCAUGAAAAAAUGCAUCCUGGUCCUGUUCAUCAACCAUCGCCUGGUGGAGUCCGCUGCUUUGAAGAAGGCCAUCGAGACAGUUUAUGCUGCUUACCUUCCCAAGAACACACACCCCUUUCUUUACCUCAGCUUGGAGAUCGCUCCGCACAACGUAGACGUGAAUGUCCAUCCCACAAAACACGAGGUGCACUUCCUGCACGAAGACAGCAUCAUAGAGAGCGUCCAGAAGCACAUCGAGAGCAAACUCCUUGGCUCCAACUCCUCUCGCACAUAUUUCACUCAGACGUUGCUGCCGGGUCUCUCAGCCGCAGGCGGCAGCGAGGGGAAGUCCUCCAGCGGCGCGGCAGAGUCCAGCGAUCGAGUCUACGCACAUCAGAUGGUGAGGACCGACUGCCGCGCUCAGAAGCUGGACGCCUUCCUGCAGCCCAAAGAGAAGCCGGCCCCUGACCCUGGAUCAGCCGGACCCAGCAGCAGGGAGGCUGCGAGCAGAAGUGCCCAGCAUGACAGGACAGAGAUGGAGGAGACGGACGAUGCAGACAUGCUGCAGGCCCUGACUCGGCAGGAAGCAGAGGAGCCAGGAGGAGGAGGAGACCUGGCAGACUCUGUUCAAAGGAAGCGACCCAGGAAAGAGCAGCAGCAGGAGGUGGAGGAAGUGGAGGACCUGACGGUUGCAGCGACACCCAAGAGACGAGCCAUUAAACUGUCCAGCAUCAAAGAGCUCAGAACUGAGAUCACUGAGAAUGCACACAAAGGCCUUCAAGAAAUGUUGCAGAACCACUCGUUUGUGGGCUGCGUCAACCCUCAGUGGACUCUGAUCCAACAUCACACCAAACUGUACCUGCUGAACACCACCAAACUCAGCCAGGAGCUUUUCUACCAAAUACUCAUCUACGACUUCGGGAACUUUGGUGUAUUAAGACUAUCAACCCCAGCUCCACUCUACGACCUGGCCAUGCUGGCUCUGGACUCUGAGGAGAGCGGCUGGACAGAAGACGACGGCCCUAAAGAAGGCCUGGCUCGGUACAUAGUGGACUUCCUGAAGAAGAAAACUGAGAUGCUGGGGGACUACUUCUCUGUGGAGAUAGACCAGGAAGGGAAUCUGACUGGGCUGCCGUUACUGCUCGACAAGUACACCCCGGUGAUGGAGGGUCUCCCCAUGUUCAUCCUGCGCCUGGCCACUGAGGUGAACUGGGACAAUGAGAGAGAGUGCUUCAGAGACUUUGGUAAGGAGUGCAGCACGUUCUACUCCAUCAGGAAGCGCUACAUCCUGGAGGCCGAGCCCGGAGAGGAGCAGGAGGCUGAGGUGAACUCAUGGCGAUGGAAAGUCGAGCACGUCAUAUUCAAAUAUUUCCGAACCCUCUUCAGUCCUCCGAAGAACUUCAGCGAGGACGGCACUGUGCUGCAGAUCGCCAACUUACCCGACCUCUAUAAAGUGUUUGAGAGGUGUUAACGGAUACUCAGUCCAACCAAACAUGCUGCUCCUUUAUGUAACAUUUGUGCUGUAAAUAAAUACUUUGUGUAAAACAAG